CAAGUAGCCGCCUCCCCGCAGCUGGCGCGCGCGCGCUGGGGCGGCGGCUUUCGGGCGGCGCCCCUCGCGGGCGGCCCUAGGAGCGAUGCGCUCGUUGGGCGCGGCCAUCGCCACGAGCUUCGGCGACGCCGAGGGCGGCGGCGACCACCCGGGCGAACCGGAUGCCGGAAGCUGCCCCAAGUUCAGGCCAGCGCUGCUGCCGCAGGCCACCUGCCCGGGCGUGGGCCCGGAGGUGGAGAUCCGCCGCCGGGAAGGGUCCAACGUGUGCCCGCCGCAGCCUCCGGCAUGCUGCGAGGCCGCGAGGAGGGCAGAGGCAGCCGCCAAGAUGGUGUCCGACGCGAUAGAGAGCCACCCGUUCUUGAGGCUGAUGCAGUUCGGCUCUGCCAAAGCAGCCGCCAAGCAGGCGGCGCUGCCAGCGCUGCUGGCAUUCGCGCCGUCGCCCACGGUGCUGCCGCUCUCGCAGGCCUGCCGCGUGGCUGGGGUGCGGGCCAGGCGCGGCCAUCGCCGAGGCGUUGCCGGAGGAUUCCUGUGAUGCCGGGUGCCCUUCCCCUCGGCCGAUCUCCCCCGUCACUUUCACCUCGGCUCCCCCUCGUUCCCCCCUCCUCUCUUUUACAUGUGUAUAUAUAUGUUUUUCCUUCUCUUUCGAUCUCCUAACUGAUGCCCGCGACAGUCGUGGCCAGCGCCCGAUCGACUGACGAGAUGCGAGGCGCGUGACAAA